AUGACAAUUAUCAGAAUUAAAUCCUUGAAGGUCUAUGCAUUCGGUUUUUACAUUCAUCCAUAUGAUGUCUGUGAGAAAUUGGGUCUGAAGUAUGCUUCUAUUCCAGUUGGUGAAUUGAACAAGCACAAUAAGUUUUAUGAGGAUCUUCUCAGGGAGGAUAUUAAUAUGACUGUUAGGCUUGUGAUUAAUUGCAAUGGGAUCAAAAUCAGUACCGUUAAAGAUGCUUUUGAGAAAUCCCUUAGAGCCCGAUUAAUAAAAACAAACCCAGAAACCGACUACUGCUGCCUAACAACCUUUGGUUCUAUUUUCUCACAAGAUAUCCCUUUACGUUCGGGAACAACAAUUGACUUCCGCCGAACAGGUGAUGGACACCUGAUUACUGAAAUUGGAGGUAAUCAGAUUGGAGCAGUCCAUAGCAAAGAUCUGUGUAGGGCUUUCUUUGACAUGUACAUUGGAGAGGUUCCUGUGUGUGAGCAAACAAAAGCAGAGAUCGGGAAAAAUGUUGGACGUAUCAUAAGGAGGUGCUGA